AUGCAAGUCCGAAAGCUCAAGACCAUCGUCAAGACCCUCCAGGCCUUCAACUACCACACCGCUUCCAAGCUCGAAAAGCCCGAGACAGACUUCCGCCUCCUCGAGCUCUACCCCGCAUCGGCAUCAUUACCUUCUAAUUCGAGGCCGUCAACAGCAGAACCCCCCGAUAACGCUUCCAAACCCCAGCAUGGGAACUCUCCAAAAAGCAAUAAUACCAUGCCAUCAAAAGAUACCCCACCUCCCCUACUAUGCCGCCUCUUCACCACCCCCCUCACCAACCCCUCCACCACUCCCUUCAAAGCCCUCUCCUACGUCUGGGGCUCCGACGCCACCCCCCAUUCCAUCAACGUCAUUUCCACCCUCCCCAACGGGACAACCACAACCCUCUCCCUACGAAUAACCUCCUCCCUCCACACCGCCCUCCUCCACCUCCGUGACCCCGACGUCCCCAUCACAAUCUGGAUCGACCAGCUCUGCAUCGACCAGUCCAACCCCGCCGAAAAGUCCGCCCAAGUCUCCCUCAUGGGCAAAAUCUACUCCGCCGCAUCCCAAGUCCUAGUCUGGCUCGGUCCUGCCUCGCACAACUCCGAUUCUGUCAUGCAGCUCUGGGCCGCCGUCGGCCAAGAAGUGCGCGACAUGGGCAUCGAAAGGUACUACACCAAAGAGGGCUGGCCCCUCCUCCACGACAUCAUGUCCAACACCGACCCCUCCGACCCCGAGACACGGCAGUACCAAGCCCUACUUCAAAAACACGCGCCCGAUUUCGCUGCUCAGAUCCGCGACGGAAGCAUCAAAUCCUGGUUUGAAAGGCCCUGGUUCACCCGUGCGUGGGUGACACAAGAAUUCUGCCUCUGCCCCGACACCGUCUUUGUUUGCGGCGAUCAAAAGCUCGAUGUCGACUUGGUGAUGCUCGCGGGGCAGAUACUAAGUUACUCAACCUUGCUCCUCGUCCGCCCGCCUUAUUCCCUCACGGUGGAGGAGUUAUCCUCUCUUGACGAUCCCACGGCGGAUUUCUUCAGCUGUCGGAAGCGUCGGAGGGGUUAUGAGACCAAGACUGGGGAUGCAAAGGGUGACACGCUUUUCGUGCUGUUGAAAAAGAUGUUUGUCGGCAGGGAGACGUACGCAAAAGUUUGGAGGGACAGGGUCUACUCGCUGCUGGGACUGGCGGUAAAUGCAGAGGCGUUGGGGAUAAGGCCUGAUUAUGGGGACUUGUGGGGGGAGGAAAAGACGGUGGAGAUUAUGACUGAUGUGGCGAGGAGGAUGAUUACGAAUGAUUACUCGGAACGGGUGGAUGUGUUGUGUUAUUCGAGGUUCCCAAAGGAAGUUCCAGGGCUGCCGUCUUGGGUGCCGGAUUGGAAGACGAAUACGGUCAAGUCGUAUUAUCAGGUGCAGGAGGUGGUUGACCCGCAUUAUUUUGCGGCUUGCGGGGAGGGGAAUCUGGAGGUUCAAGUGGUGCCAUCUUGGUCAACACGGGUGCUGGGGUUGGGGGGGUUUUGGGUCGAUACUGUUGACAUGCUGCCUCCGGGAGAUGGCAAGGAAGUCUGGUCUGAUGUGCACAGAUGGGAUGGGCCGCGCUUGAUGGGGUAUCUGAGGCAGGUCGAAGCUCUGCUUGAAGCGGCAAUCUCUAGACCUAGCAACCCGUAUGGCUCCGACGAACGACGGCUCGAAGCACUUUGGAGAGUUCCCAUUGCAGAUACGUGGGAUGAUCGGUCGACGGGGGUGCGAGCGUCUCGAGAGUUGAAGGUCGAUGUGCAGUUUCGACAGGUCGUCGAGGCGAUGUUAUAUGACAUUUGGAUGAAAACAACAACAGCUGAACCGGCAGAAGCUCAACGUAUCAUGGACGAGUUCAACUGGGACGAAAGAAUGAGGAAAGAUAAGCUGGGGGCGAAGUACAGGCAGUUUAUGUUAUCUGGUGGUGGUAACAAGAAGCCAUUCUUGACGACGAAGGGCUACGUGGGCAUGGGCCCACCUGAUAUGGAAGUAGGAGACGUGGUGGUCGUGUUUUGCGGUGGGAGGAUCCCGUUCGUGGUGAGGCAGCUGCCAGCCAAGGAAGAUGGAAGGAAGACCUUCUCGUUUGUGGGUGAGGCGUUCUGUGAUGGCAUCAUGGAUGGGGAGGCUGCCAUGGAAGAGAACCGUGGUGACUUUUUCUUGGAAGGGCCUGCCGCCAAGAAGUACAACGCUGCGGAGAUCUCGGCAGGGCACCCUGACUCUCCCCGCAUCUCCCCCACCUUUCCCCAAUCAACCCUGUCGGAACUUCAUCAAAUCUGGAAAUUCGGAACACCACUCCGGAGGACAACGCGACAACUUUUUUUUGUUUGGAAUAGCAGCAUGAUGAUGGGGAUGAUGGCGGUCGACUCUUGGAUGAUGGCCGCGAGCUUCCUCGCCUCCACCACCUCCGCCCUCGGCCCCAACGUACCAGAAACUGAGAAGCGUCUGCCAGGCAAGCCGGCGCCGAUGCCGAACUGGAAGUGGCCCAACCCCUUCCAGUCCUCCCGCGCCGCCAAAUACGAAGCCACCUGCCAGGUCCAGCGCUCCUUCAAGGCCGAAGAAUUCAAGCUCGAUGACUUGGCCCAGAACCCACCCCUCGGCUUGCUCCCAUGGCGCGACGCCCUCAAGGAUGUCUUUGCCGAGCGCGAGUACCCUGGUGGAUGGGAUGGUAUUGACAACCACGGCUACGACCGCAACAUCCUCAAGAUGGAUUACGAGACUGUUCCCCUCAAGGUGAGGGAGUGGAUCGAGGAGCAGGAGCGCAAGGAGCUCCCCGGCCAGGGUCUCUUUGCCCUAUUUGCCAGACCCGCGCCAGGGACCAGAGUGUUCAAGCAGGUGCCCGUUCCAAAGGAGCCCACUCCUGAGUUCAGAGAGAAGGACGACAGGAGAGUCCUCAUCUUCGCCCCAGGGGCCAUCUAUGAGAAUCUCCCACUCUGGCUGGGCGAGGACAGCGGGUGUGACGACGAGAUGUUGGAUCUUGCCAAGUAUUCUGGUCAGGCCAAGGAUGGCGGUGUCAUCGGUUACCCCAUCUACCACAGCAAGCCCCAGAGGUCGAAGGGCGAGCGCGACAUCGAGUUUAGCCUCUUGGCUCAAGUUGUCAAGCUCAAGGAGGGCGAGACAGAGGAGGUAGCAGAGAGUUCCUCGCAGGCUGAAGCCGGGGCCAAGACAGAGGCAGAGAAGCCCGCUGUGACUGAGGUUGUCAAGGAGGCUGUCAAGGAGGCUACCGAGGCCGUCAAGGAGGCCACCGAGGCUGUCAAGGAUGAGCUCUAA